CCAAACUCCACGACGUCUUUAAUGCGAUUAUUAGCAUUACAAUGAUUUGUUAUCAUUAACAACAGCAACACAAACAAUAACAAUAAUGUGCAUAGUAAAAAAACCCAAUGCACCCGCUUCCUUAUCGAGUGAAUCAAUGCUAUUAAUCAUAUUAAAUCUGUCCUCUUCUCUUCGUGUCACGGUCGUGAGGGUCAAGCCGUGAGGCUCGUGCGUGCCUCAUUAAAACGUACCCUGGGUUCUGUCAUCUUGAGCAUGUCAUUUCCGAGAUGCUCGCCAGGCGGCUCCCUCUCCCUGGCGCGAAGAAAGCCCUGGAGAAAAGCCUGAACCGCUGACAGAGGAGUCAUCUGCGGAUAAACAAAAAUUCGUCCCUUUCCGUCAAACAGCAACUCCAUUCACAAGUCCCGCCCGGGCGCACCGUAGCCUCGCGUUCACCGGACCGUGCCAACUGCCGUUCAAAAUCAGCACCGGGUUAACUCCACGUAUAUGCAUGGUUCCAACACACAUGCUGCAGGUGGUGAAGUGCUGUUUAAAGAGCUAAGUCGGGGCUGUAAGCAAGCCACGCCUGUUCAGAAAGACACAUCCAGACUGAAUGAAGGGAGAGAAACCCAAGUAGGGGAGGAAAAGAAGAAUACCAGUCCUAUAGUCUACUGACAAGAGAGCGAGAGAGAAAGAGAGAGCGAGAGAGAGCAGAGGAGUUACAGAAGACAUGUGACAGCCGGUUUCUUCCAGCAGAAUGCCGGCUACGAUGGACACCAGAAUCAGCAGGAACUAAAUCUCUCCUCUAUCAGUCACAAUGGUACCAGUUCUGUUUCUGAUAGUAACCUCAUCAGCUAAUGUUACAUCACCUGGAAACAACACAGGUGGCGGGGUGUUCUCCAACCAAACCAUCCUGCCUACAGUGCUGGUGCUUUCACUGUUAAUGCUCAUCGUUGCUCUGUUGACCUGCUACUGCCUUAGGUUCAGAAACCAGAGGAAAGCCGACAUCACUACCGUCGACAAGAAGAUACCAAAUGGCAUUGUGGAAGAACAAGAGCAACAGACGGUGGUCUUGCUGCCAAGAUCCCCCUCCGCGACCAAAACAUACUUCCCCAUACCCGUAGAAAACCUGGAAGAGGAGUGUCGGAUCCGCUCUGCCGAUGAUGGCAAACUUUUCCGAGAAGAGUACAACUCGCUGCCAGGAGGAAAUCCCCAAGGAUCAUACGAGGAGGCAAACAAGGAAGACAACAAGGAAAAGAACAGAUACCCCAAUAUCCUCCCAUAUGACCAUUCCAGAGUGGUGCUGGCACAAAUAGACGCCAUUCCUCACUCAGAUUACGUAAACGCUUCUUAUAUAGACGGCUACAGAGACAAAAACAAAUUCAUUGCAGCGCAAGGACCAAAACAGGAGAGCGUUUCUGACUUUUGGAGGAUGAUCUGGGAACAGAAAUCAGCUACAAUCGUCAUGCUAACCAAUCUGAAAGAGAGAAAAGAGGAUAAGUGUUAUCAGUACUGGCCUGACCAGGGUUGUUGGACGUACGGAAAUGUACGCGUAGCUGUGGAGGACAUCACCGUGCUGGUCGACUACACAAUACGCAAAUUCUGUGUGCAAUAUCAGGCCUGUGAUGGCUCCAAGACCCCUCGUCUGGUCACGCAGCUGCACUUCACCAGCUGGCCUGACUUCGGCGUGCCGUUCUCACCCAUCGGUAUGCUCAAGUUCCUUAAGAAGGUCAAGCAGGUGAACCCGUCAUAUGGAGGCCCCAUCGUAGUGCACUGCAGCGCGGGGGUCGGGAGGACAGGUACCUUCAUUGUGAUAGAUGCAAUGAUUGACAUGAUGCACACAGAACAGAAGAUCGACGUGUUUGGGUUUGUGUCCAGAAUCCGAGACCAGCGAUCGCAGCUGAUACAGACAGAUAUGCAGUACUCAUUCAUCUACCAGGCCAUACUGGAGUACUACCUGUAUGGGGAUACGGAGCUGGAUGUGUCCUCGUUGGAGGGCCACCUGCACAAGCUGCACAACACAUGCACCCCACAUGACCGCCUUGGCCUCGAGGAGGAGUUUAAGAAACUGACAAACAUGCGGAUCAUGAAGGAAAACAUGAGAACGGGUAACCUGCCGGCGAACAUGAAGAAGAACCGAGUGCUCCAGAUCAUUCCAUAUGACUUCAACAGAGUGAUUCUGUCAAUGCGAAGAGGUCAGGAAUUCACAGACUACAUUAAUGCAUCUUUCAUUGAUGGUUACAGGCAGAAGGACUACUUCAUUGCCACACAGGGUCCUUUACCACACACUGUGGAUGACUUCUGGAGGAUGGUGUGGGAAUGGAAAUGUCAUUCCAUAGUCAUGCUAACAGAACUACAAGAGCGAGAGCAGGAUAAGUGUUUUCAGUACUGGCCUACAGAAAACUCAGUAAAAUACGGUGAUUACUCAGUGGAGAUCAAAUCAGAUACUCAGUGUGACGAUACAUUCAGCCUUAGAGACCUGGUACUCUCAUAUGACCCGGAGAAAGAGACGCGUUUGAUCCGGCACUUCCAUUUCCAUGGCUGGCCAGAAAUCGGAAUUCCCACAGAGGGGAAGGGAAUGAUUGACAUCAUCGCUGCGGUGCAGAAACAGCAGCAGCAAUCGGGCAACCAUCCCAUUGUCGUACACUGCAGCGCUGGAGCGGGGCGGACCGGUACGUUUAUCGCCCUCAGUAAUAUUCUGGAGCGGGUGAAGGCCGAGGGCUUGCUGGACGUCUUUCAGACUGUGAAGAGUUUGCGCAUGCAACGGCCACACAUGGUGCAGACCGUGGAACAAUAUGACUUUUGCUACAGAGUGGUACAAGACUUUGUUGACAUUUUUUCAGACUAUGCCAAUUUUAAAUGAUCUGCCUUAAACAUGUCUGUUCAAUGUUUUUUAUAUGUCAGUUGGUCAGGAUUUUACCCCCAUAACUGGAUAAAAUUCGCUACUAUUUUGCUAUGCACUGUCCUCUAAAAGAGCAUCUAUCUUUAGACAAUUUACCAUAUUUAAAUUAAUUAUUUCAUUAUGUACUUAAACUGUACACUAUAUAAUUACAGCAUCAUUUUUAUUGACAGUGUUGUUGCUUUUUUUUAACCAAGGUCUUAUCGACUAAUUUCAUUUUUAACCUGUGUAAAGUUUGUAAAGCUGUAGGUAUUGUAAAUGUAUUUAUGCAUUGUUGCUGACAGUCAUUCUCACGCAAUUUACAUUUAUAUUAAUGUUGAGAGAGAUUUUAUUUAUUCAAAGCUGAUGUCAUUUGAUGGCCGAUAUCACUGAUACAGCGUCAAGUGUUUUGUUUCCCUUUUGGUUAGCAAAUGAAGAUGAAGUGAAAAAUAUGCAUUCAAAACUCAGUGAACCUUCUUUCUGAAUGAACAAAGAAACAGAUAAAGUUACAUGUUUUGUAUCAAAGUUAACUUGAGUGAAUUCGCUCAGCGAGGCAAGCAUAUUCCCAGUCAAACUCUGGGUACAAACAUCAGUAACAUUUUCAGAACUGAUCUCAGUGCAGCGGCUGAACGCCGCCUGCAAACGGCCUGUCACCUGGGCUGGCAAGGCUGGAAAAAGCCGCACAGGUUUUGAAAGCACACUGAUUAAUGCCCACUGCCUUCCACAAUUCCAAGGAUUUACAAAUGAAAGAGAUAACAUGUUAUUAAAGGAUGGUAUAUACC